AUGGCUCUGGAUCCGCCUUAUAGAUUCUACCUUCUCACAUUCCCUCGUACAGCGUCCAAUCUCGUAAUGCGCAUGCUCAAUCUUCCGAACCAGCCCGGUUUACUUCCAGGUUCGAAGAACGAGUACUUCUUUGGACCUGCCUGGGGCUGGAAAUUCCAGCAUCACACUGUCGGAAGACCCGUUGAUGAGUUGAAGGAAUGGGAAAGAAACGAGUUGCGUGAUUCCUACCAGGCCUGUUUCGACGCACUCACCGAGCAAGUCGAUGCCGCAGCUGUGCAGGGGAAACCCAUUUUGGUGAAAGAACAUGUCGGCUGGUUGACGGAGCCCGUGGCUGAGACGAAAUUCGUCUUCGGAGAGCAUAGUACUCGUGAGCUGCCAUGGACCAUCCAGACGCCCUCCUCCUCCUGCACGCACUCGGCGCGGAACGAGACCAUUCUACCUGAUGAAUAUCUAAAGACCUGGCUGCCUACUUUCCUGAUCCGGCAUCCUGCGCUGACCUUCCCGUCCAUCUAUCGUACCACCAUCGACAACGAGGGUCGACAAGCAGCAAGAGACGAUCCCGCGCACGUUCUGGAGAUGACAGUGCACUGGUCGCGGUCGCUCUACGAUUGGUACAUUCAACAGGAACAUCUGUCUCGAUUCAAUGCCGAGAACGGGACGAAUUGGCCUAUUAUUCUUGAUGCUGAUGAUGUUAUACUGAACCCUCAAGUCAUGCUCAGGUAUAGCAAGAUCAUUGGUCUUGACCCAUCACUGUUGGCAUUCUCGUGGGAGGCUACUAGUAAUGAGAGACUAGAGCAAAUGUCUAAGAUGGAAAGACGGAUGCUCUCGACCAUAUCAGCAUCUACCGGCAUUUUGAAAGAGAAGGUGUCAGCGGAUCUGAAUAUUGAUAUAGAAGUGAGCAAAUGGGAGACCGCGUUUGGCAAAGAAGAAGCAGAGAAACUCGCCAGCUGGGUAAAGGCCGCGAUGCCAGACUACGAAUAUAUGAGGGAAAGACGACUGGGGCCGGCGUAA